GUCGGAAAUUUUAAAGUUGUAUGAUGCCACCAAGUCAAACUAAAUACCAAUGAAAAAGUCGUGAAUUUGAAGCUAUCAAAUUAGUUAUGAUUUCGAAAACUCUUUUUAUUGGUGUAGCAGUCAUUGCUCUUGCCUAUAUUUACAACAUCUGUUUUCAACAGUCUGCAGGAUCGGUGGAAACUGCCAUCAUCCAGGCCUGGGAAGAUCAGCUGAAAAAACCGGUCAAAACCUUCAGCAAGAUUGUCAUUGGCCUCAACUCCAAUGUUGAUCUCAUAGUGAAUGGGCGAGAACUUCUUGAGGCACUUGAAGCCAAGAGCAAUGGUGUCUACAAUGAUCAUGAAACCUUAACUUCAAUCCAAGAUAUCCAAGAAACAUUUGCCAACUAUUUCCGGAAAGGUGCUGCAGUAGAAAGGCCUUUCGUGGAUGGCAAAGUUUACCAGCAUAUUGUGGAAAAGGCUGGCAAGUUGGAUGAUCACCAGUGGUACAUAGGUGGCAAUGCUGCUUUAAUGGCAGAGACGGUCGCCUCCAGUUUCCCAUUAACCAAAGUGCAACUGAUUGGCCCAGUAGGCCAACGUUUACACAAGUUGCUGAAUCCCUCCAUAACCGUUCCAAAAGUGAGUCUGACGGAGAGCGAUGAGGUCCACCUGAUCAUGGAGUAUCAAAUUGGCGAGAAAUGGGGCAAUGAUACAGCAACUGUGGCAAAUCGCUUCAUCACUUCGUAUGACGAGGCAAAUGGGAAGAUGACAAUGCUGGAUACCUUUUUUAAAAGUAUUCAAGAAGACAACCCAGAUCUAGUUGUACUUUCUGGUCUUCAUAUGAUGGAAGGACAGAAAGAAGAAGUUUGGAAGAGCAGGGUGGAUUAUUUAGCUAAGAAUCUGCAGGGCUUACCAAGGGACCUUCCUGUCCACCUAGAACUAGCUAGCAUGGCUAAUGGAAAGUUUAUCAAGUACUUGGCUGAAACGCUUCUACGUCAUGUGACGUCGCUGGGACUCAAUGAACAAGAAAUAACCUUUGUAUUGGAGGUAACAGGAAGUCCAGUUAGGAACAUCUUGGACGAAAAUGAGAGACCACGUAUUGACAAAGUAGGAGAUUCUGUACACUUCCUUUUGGAACAAUUUGGACAUUCAAAGAGUAGAAAGUCAUCGAGGUUAACCAGAGUACAUCUCCAUUCCCUUCAAUUCCAUGUAGCUGGUGUGAUAGGAGAUUCUUGGCGAAAUAUAGAAUCGGCGGUUGGUGCAGGCACAAGAAUGGCCAGUUUGAGAGCUUGUGAUCUUAAAUCACUCACAGCUGAUAAAUUGAAUCUAAAAUUACCUAGAAAUUUUUCUCUUCAUGAACAAGAUACAGUUCGCCAGCUGAAUUCUUCACAGCCGAUAAUGUCCUGGUCUAAAGGUGACAAGCAUUUUGUAUUCAGUCCAGUACUAGUGUGUAAAAAACCUUUAAAAACUGUUGGUUUAGGGGAUGCUAUAUCUGCUACAGGGUUAUUUUACUCUGAAUUCAAUCCCUUGUAUUAUUCUUAAUGGUUGCGAUGUAAGAGGGUAUAUUGUAUUUGAAAACAAUCAUGUGUGACGUCUGUCUCUUGACAAGAUUGUCGUGUAUGCUUCUCAAAUUGUUGCUGUUUUGGUCUGCAAUGGCUUUACUUAAGUUGAUAAUUGAACUUAUAGGUUAAAUUUGCUUAAUUUUCUGGUGCAGGAAAUGAAACGGGCACGUAUUACACUAUCAUUGGUAUUAGAUUUACAUUAUUAUUAUUCAUUUGCCAGAUUUCAGCUCUUUGAAAGUUCGUAUGAAAAACAUUUCCUCAGUGUUACAAAUGAAUGUAAUAUUUACAUGCUUUGAGACACGUACGCAUCCAGACCUCCUUCCUUUUCUUAUACACCCAUUGAUAAUUAAUAGUAUUGGAUACGAUUGAGUUUGUUGAAUUUUAGGAAUGACAUCAGCAUUUUAGUUCUCAUGAAUCAUUUUAUUCAGUUUGUUAAGUUCUCUAAACGUUAGCUUGUUUAGCUCUUAUCUUGUGUCAACAUGUAAUGCUUAUUUUGUUGAGUUACAUGUACUGUUGUAUCUAUUUUUGAGGUUGUACUGAUUUGGCCACAUUGAAACAGAUGUUAAACUGUAAUGUGUGUUUAUUUCAGGAAGACUGCUUACAUUUAAAAUGCAUUGUUCAUGAGAUUAAUAAAUGGGCUGUGUUUUCUAGAAGAAGAGAGGGAAGAAAAUGUGGUGCUAUUGUUUAUGAAAUAAGUAUCAGAUACUUAUUUUCACUGAGAGAACUUUUUAACCAUUCUGUCAACCUAUAUUUAAAUCAUGUCAUUGUUUCUAUUGAUAUUUUGAAAUGUUCAGGGCAAAGAGAAAAUAGAGUUCCUCUCACUUAAAAGGGAUGGUGAUGUCCAUAUUUCAAUGUUUUCUAGCUCAAUGUGCUUUGAAACAGCUGAUUUCAGAAAGUGCACUUCUGUUGUUUAGGUUUUGAAAUGAUGCAAAAUUUACAUACAUGCAGGGUAGAUUGUACUACCAAGUCAGUAAAUGUCAGGUUGCCUAAGAAAUCUGUCUCAUUGCUUUAUUCUGGAAUAAAUGACUUUUUGAAAUAUGUCUGAUUUCUCUUUGAUUCACAACUUGAACCAAUGUGAUAUGAUGAUUGUACAGCCAGCAGCCUCAAGCAUUUCUUUUCCUUGUCUUGGAG